AUGUCAGGAGGAGGGAAAGACCGUAUUGCGGUAUUUCCGUCUCGUAUGUAAGUUUUGUUUUAUAAUGAGCAUUGUUAUGUUGUAAUUUAGGGCACAGACCUUGAUGAAGACUCGGCUGAAGGGUGCACAAAAGGGUCACUCGUUGCUCAAAAAGAAGGCUGAUGCUUUAAACAUGAGAUUCAGAGAAAUCUUGAAGAAGAUUGUGGAGGUAAGCGUCACUUUAUUGAUAGAUAUUGUUGUUUAGAACAAAGUAUUGAUGGGUGAUGUUAUGAAAGAAGCUGCGUUUUCUUUGGCUGAAGCCAAGUUUACUGCUGGUGAUUUUUCACACACAGUUAUUCAAAACGUGUCACAAGCACAAUAUCGCGUGCGUAUGAAGAAGGAAAAUGUUGUCGGUAAGUUUUAUAAAUUUAUGACAUUCGGUAAUAUUAAAAGUCAGCUUUGGAAUUUUAUCUUAGCACUUUGUUUCUAUGGUGUUUUAAUGUUAUAUUUUAGGUGUGUUUUUGCCUGUAUUUGAAAGCUAUUCGGACGGUCCAGACGCUUAUGAUUUGACUGGUUUGGGAAAAGGAGGAUCUAACAUCAGCAAGCUGAAGAAAAACUACAGUAAAGCAGUAGAACUACUGGUGGAAUUGGCUACCUUGCAAACGUGUUUUAUUACGUUAGAUGAAGCUAUUAAAACAACGAACAGGCGUGUCAAUGCUAUUGAGCACGGUAAAUAUUUUUUUGAAUAAUCGAUAAUUUUUGUUAAUUUUAGUAAUUAUUCCCAAGAUCGAAAACACGUUGACUUAUAUCGUUACUGAGCUUGAUGAAAUGGAAAGAGAAGAGUUCUUCAGGUAAAAAAAAAUUUAUAUGUUCAGGUCAAGUAAUUUUUCACAUACUACUUUUGUUGUUUUAGGAUGAAGAAGAUCCAAGCCAAGAAGAAAAGAGACCGUGCCGAUGCCGAUGACCGCGCAAUUAAGGCGCCAGAAGACGGCAAAGCUCCGAAGAACCUUCUGGACAAUGACGACGACUUACCAGUUUUGUUCACUUAA